GAAGCGGUGAAUAGCUGCUCUGCUUCGGCCGCCGCCUCCCUCCCAACGCUCCAUCGCUAUCCAUGGUCGCAGUAGUGACCGCCGGGACUCCGCAGCCAUGUACCAGAAUGGCGGCUCGCUCCCCGCUGAGAUGGCAGGCCUUGCCCCCAUGCCCGCCCUCCCGCGCCUCCCCACCGAUCAAUCGGACCUGGCCAUGGGCCUCGAAGACAUGAUGCCCAUGGACAUGGACCUGUCGCAGCUCGACGACGGCCAGCCGCCCGCCGCGCAGCCCGCAGCCUUCACGCCCUUCACCCAGCAGCUGCAGCCGAGCGUGCCCGCCAGCAGCGCCUCGAGCGAUGCCUUCACCCUCACCCAGGACAACACCAUGACGGGCGCCGGCGCCGGCCCGCUGCCCACCGGCUUCGGCGCCCCCAGCCUGAACACGUCCGGCAGCACCCUGACCGAAUUCACCAAGCGCCGCAACUGGUCGCAGCGCGUGCUCGAGGAGCUGCGCGACUUCCUGCACAUCCUGACCCCCGAUGGCAGGAUCCUGUACGUGUCGCCGUCAUGCAAGGCGCUCACGGGCUGGGACCAGCCGCAGCUCAUCGGUCGCUUCAUCGGCGAGUUCAUCCACCCCGACGACCGCGGCAUCUUCGUCAAAGAGUUCCACGAGUCGAUUGCAUCCGGCAACCCCCUCCGCUUCUUCUACCGCUUCCGCAAGAUGGACGAGUCCUGGGCGAUAUUCGAGGCCCACGGCCAUCCGCACCUGAGCAACGACCCCAGCACCUUUGCCCCGCCGAACACGAUGAACUGUCGCGGCUUCUUCAUGAUGGCCCGCCCAUACCCGACAAAGAACGCCGCCCUGCUCGACUCCUUCCUCGAACACAAGAUCGAGAACGAGAGGCUGAUGAAGCGCAUAGCCGAGCUCAAGCGCGAGGAACACGAAGAGCAGGAGGCCGCGGACAGACAUUGGCAGAAGAAGACCGACGGCGUGUCCUCGGUCGCGCCGUCGGAGACGCAAGGGCACACUGAGAGCGACAGCGCGGUUGCGGCAUACAACGCUAUGCCUCCGCCUGCGAAACCGGGCGUCUCAAAUGCGGCCCUGACGCGGCAGAACCUCGACGAGGCGCUGGCAGCAAGCAAGCCUGACAGUAUCAACGACAAGAUGGCACGCUACGAAGGGGCUACACACCUGGAGACCAUCGAGAUGUUGACGGGAUUGCGCUAUCGGGAUGGUGAACGGUCACAGGGCAUCAGCACUGGUGAACACAGCCCGAUGCUAAUCCGAGGCGAUGCAGGCAUUCAGAUAUCGCUCGACCGCGACGGCAGGACGUCGUCUGAUAAGAAGAAGAAGUUGAAGAUCGCCGAUGAAUAUGUGUGUACCGACUGCGGUACGCUGGAUUCGCCUGAGUGGAGGAAAGGGCCCAAUGGACCCAAAACGUUGUGCAACGCCUGCGGAUUGCGCUGGGCAAAGAAGGAAAAGAAGAGGCAGAGUCAAGCGGGCAAUGCCCAGUCGUCGCAAACGCCAGCAAAUCUGCCCAUGCACACGAGCACGAACAGCAGCUGAGCAUAACCUUUUCCGGAAUUUCCAUCACGGGACAACUGAAGGCCCAUUCGGGCGGUCGCCGACGAAGAGGAGGCAAUGGACCAAAACCCCACCGCCAAGGCUCGCUCGAGAGCCAGGAACACCGUGGCUGUCCAUCAAGAAUCGAUAUAAGCAAGCAUCUAGUACAGCCCUACCGGGAGCUGGCUUUGACCAGACUUCGGUAUCUGGAGUCAUGACGCUGUUGCACGCUGGGAUGAGGUAAAAGUUUGAAGCCAUUAUUAGAUCGUUUUGGUGCCUGAGGUGCACAAGUAAACAUAGACGAGUAGAUGAUACCAUAAAUCUAGCUAAGCCGCAGGAUUUUUAACGCCUAAUGAAAGCAAAGAUGGUUUAAUU